UACCGUAACGUUGAACGGCUCAUUCGUUUAACCAGAGCCUAUCGUUGUUGUUGAUAGGAAGCUCGAGAGAAUUAGAGCCGAGUGUGUGUCGAGAAGUGUUGACUCCUCUGACGUUGCUAGAUAUUAAACUCGUACGUCGGUCGUUCGAAUCUUCAAACACGUUGGUGAAUCAUUAACGACUGCCUGUAAUAUCGGUGCUUGGAAAUCAUUGUGCUUAUUUCAUGGAAAAAUAGUUGAUUGUUACACAUACGUACAUUAUCCGAUCGAGCAAGAGUUUAUAUUCAACAUCGAGGAACAAGCAGCAUUUAUGACAAGAAAGUUUUAAAUUGAGGAAAAGGAGAAGAAGGAAGGAAGAAGUCACGUGAUAUUUCUUUAUCGCAAUCGAUCGGUGGAUAGUGGUUGAGAAAACGAAACGAUCAUAUUACAGUGGCGAAUGUUAUCAUCUGCAUUUGACACGUUUACGUUUGGACAAUAAAAUUUCCAAAUUGGACCCGUUUUCACUGUUAUUGUCAUUAUUAUAAUAUACGUGCAAUUACGUGUAAGUAACCGUUGUUACAAAUGACGCAACGUGUCCCGAGUGCCGGUUUUUACGACGUUGACACAGCCAUCGAGGAUCACAACUACACGAUGUUUUCGAUGUAUCCGCCGCCACCUUCUCCGCCUUUGAAUUCAAACGGGGCGAUUAUGUCGAAGACGUAUUUAAACAGCAGCACAUUUGAUCACUGGCAAUUGACCAAAGAAGAGAAAGCCAUGCUCGUAUCGCACGACGGUCUUCACAGCGGAGUACCGACAAGAACAACACCAACGCUGACACCUACAACGCUGCGCAGUAUAGAGCAGUUUUUCGAACUCCCAAGCGAGUCUGCAUCUCACAGCCGAGAGGCUGGAUUUGUACCGCCUUUGGUAGAACCUUCGCAGCCAACCCCGGCGCAAACUCAAAACCCGGGUCAUCAUCACAAUCAUAAUAACAACAACAACAACAACCUUAAUCAUCAACAAGUAAACCCCAACGGGCUGCUUGUUCCUGUUGUUGAUAAUCAACAACAGUCUCCGACUCGGACGAGUAACAACCAGUCGCCGAAUCAGCCGCAGCAGACCAGGCGCAACAUGGGCGGAAGGCGACCUACUAGGACUGUCGGUAUGAGUCCUGAAGAGGAGGAACGCAGACAGGUUAGACGUGAGAGGAACAAAAUGGCAGCAGCCAGGUGCCGUAAGCGGAGGAUGGAUCACACCAAUGCCCUUCUUGAGGAAACCGAGGGCUUGGAGCAAAAAAAGCAGAACCUACAGGACGAGAUAACGCAGCUCAGACAAGCCAAGGAUGAACUGGAGUUCAUAUUGGAAGCGCACAGGGCUGUUUGUCGUCUGAGAGCGACUUCGCCACCAGAUGUAAAGCCGGAUAUAAAGCCGAUCGAACUGCAACCUUCGCAGCAACAGCAACAUCAACAGCAACAGCAACAUCAACAUCAACAACAACAGAGCAACAAUGAUUUUGCGGAGCCUAUUUCCAGGGCGGCCAUAGCGACCGGGAAGCCGAACAGACCGAAUUCCCUACCGAUAUUCAACGAGCCAAAGGAGAGACCCGACACCUUGCAAUUCAAGACUGUAGAAACACCGGCCUUUAUGAAAACCGUGCCCGAAGUUGCCGGCGUGCCGAUAACGACACCUUCCAGUGGCAUACCAUUCAAUUUUGAGUCAUUGAUGGAGGGAGGAACCGGACUUACGCCUGUUUCUACUCCCCUCAUUCCGUCAUGUUCUUCCCAACAGAGGAGCAACCUUUCCGCCGUCGAUCUCAGUUCGCCUGACGCCAAUCCACCAAAGUUGGUCAGCUUGUGACGCCAGGACGACGACGAUAACAACCAAAAUGACGAUCAGAUUGACGACGAGGAUUACACGUCAGAUUACGAUAACGACACCGAGUCACGAGAGGGUUGAUCAUUUUAUAAUAACGAAGAUUUACUCUUCCCGUGAUUUAAUUUUAUUUUAUCGUGUGUGUUUCUUUUUUUUUUCCCUUUUCUAUCUUUUCUGAGAGUAGAAUCGGAUUUUAAAUCGCGUUGCAAGUGUUGGUCUGAAAUAUAAUUCGGACAAUGAAAGAUUAAUGAAGAAGAAGAAGAAGGAUUAGGGAAAAGUCGAGGAGAACGAGGCUUACUUUUUAUCUCUGAUUUCGAUUUUUCAUAACGUGUCUUAGGGAUGAGAGAGAGGACUGAAGAUAUUAAGAAGCCGCUCAAAAAUCUUGGCUUAAAUUGUUACCCCCCCCCCAUUCGAUUUUUGUUUAAUAUACAUACGAUCGCAUGUAUUAUUUUCUCCGACAAAGAUAGAUUGAUAGAUAAAUAAAUGUCUAGACGAAUAGAUGAGUAGAUAAAUAAACGGAGAAAAAGAAAAUUGCGCUCAAACCCAAUUUCUGUCCGAAUUUCGUAUUUGUUGCGCUUAUUCUAAUUUUUAUUUUUUUUUAUUUUUUUUUAUUGAGCCAAAUGACAGUAGAUACAGUUUUAUUAUCGCCGCGUAUCCAGUAGCUUAUCGUUUUGUUUCAUUUUUUGUUGAAAUUGUAACAUGGUACUUGAAAACACCAUGUUUGAAUCCAAAUAAAAUAUAUUUUUUUUAAAAGUAGAUAUCCGCCGUGUGACGGUAUUUUUCGUAGGAAAAAAAUCUAAGGGAAACACGUGUUUAUAAGCGAGUGAUAAUACGAUAAUAUAAUAUAAUAUAAUGAUAAUUGUAAUUAUUGAAAGAUUUAAAACAAACUAGAGGUUAAUAGUAAUAUUAUUGUUAAUGAUAACAAUAAUGAACAUUAUAAUAUGUAUCUAAGGUGUAAGUGAGGAAGAAUGCUGAAUUUUUAUAUUUUAUGAAAUAUGUAAUGUACAUGUCCACAUUGUAAUAUACUAAUAUGUGUAUAUGUUUAUGUAUAUGAGCAGGCAGGCGCGACGAAAGUUUUCAAUAAUGUAUUAGUAUUAUGUAUUAUAUAAAUAAUAUAAACGCCUUUAAGCUCAAGCAUUGGCCAUCACCCUUGAAUCUAGGUUAAAAAGGGAAUGAACGAAAGUACGAAAAUUUUUGUGAAAAACAAAAACAAGUGUGAUGUAAUAUCGUUCUUUCCUCUUUGUCGAUCAUGCGAAUUGUGUAUAAACAUCAUUGCAUUAAGUUGAAUUAUAAUAUGAGAUAUGCUCACGCUCAUCCCUCAAAAUUAUUCCAAUUUGUAUACAUAUGUUAUAUGUAUAGAGAGAAUGCCAAUAAUUUUGCGUAAUAUAUAAUUAAAUAUACGUUAAUCUUAUACUUAUAUAUUCAGAAUAGAACUCAACAGAACGAAAGAAGUGAAAAGAGAAACACAUGACGUGUGUGAAAUCGAAGAAGAAACUAGCUGAUUGGGGCAAAGAGGAGGGUCGUGAACUUUUUCAAGCUCUACAGGUGCUGUAAAAUAACUGCAAUAUGAUAAGACUGCCAUGCUUUGAUCUAUACUAUACAUAAUAUGUAAAUUGCAAAUUUAUUUUGACAUGCAAUAUAAAUCUAGAUCUCUAAAGCGGUUCUUUUUUUUUUUUUAUUGAUAAUUUUUCUUCGAUCAUUCACCGUUCUGUUCUAAAGUUUCUCACAGUGUCUGCCAAAAUGUGCAGAAUAUUUUAAGAGGGAAGAAAAAACGCUACCAGCAACCCGAACAUGCCUCAAUAAAUAUUUGUAUGAUAAUAAUAAUAAUAGUAAUAAUAAUUAUUAUUAUUAGAAAUGAUGAUUACAUAUUAAUAAUAGUAACGUUUAAAAGUAAUCCCUCCAUAUAUUAAUAUACUUGUGUACACACGAUACCGUUUACGAUUUGUAUAGAGAUAUUUUGUGUAGAGAAGGAAGAGAAAACGUUUAAAAAAAGAAAAGAGGAAGAAGGAACGAAUGAAACUUUCUUUGGAUUUUUUGUUUUUUAUUCAGUAAUAGUAUGCUGAUCACUUUUAGCAAUAUUGUGGUAUUAAUAUAUUUAUGUCCUGAUUGACAGGUCGUGUGCGAAUUGUGGUCGGAAGUUUGGGAACUAGUAGUCCCGUUUUCCUUUUUUUUCCCCUUUGCGAUAUUCUUUAUUGUGCACAGUAUUUUCAGAUUGUAUAUUUUAUAUCUGGUAUAAAAUGUAGUUGUAAUUGUAAUUUGUCUCCUCAACGUUCCACAAUUUCACACGAUCACAAUGUGAGCGCAUGCUUCACGAAUUUUCUUGUAUCCCCCGAAUCACCUGUGUCUUUUGAAAGAAGAAAAGAAAAGAAAGAAAAUUGUACACACCAUUGACGAUGCAAUAUAUUUUUUGUUUAGCUCAG